AUGAUUCAGAGUGUCGCAGAGAGUGUCACUUUUUUCCUUAACGAAGGCGCCCUUCGUGGCACUGAGAGGCCACAUGGCUGGAAAUUUGUCCAACGCUCUAUACCUCGUAUUCUUGAAUACGGUUAUAGCGAGGGCAUUCUUGUUGCUCCAGCCACCCCAUCGCUGAAUAUCACUGGAAUAGUGAUGGCUGCACAAGAAGAAGCGCAUAAUGUUCGUGAUAAAGGAGUUGGUGGUGCCGCAAAUAACGGUGAUAAAGUUCAUCUACCAACAAACGAUAUCACUAUCAUGCAUCAAGCCAUCCCUUUUUUGCCCGUUCCGGUCGCAGCUUUCUGCUUGACCCUUAACAUUGUAUGCCCGGGCUCAGGAACAGUCUUGAGUGGCAUAAGUGCACUGUGUAUGGGUCAACCGAGAAUCGGUAUGAAAGAAGGUCGUAAACUGGUGACAUUGGUGGUGAACUUCUUGGUUGGUAUCAGUCAAUUCUUCACGAUCACAUUUCUGUUUGUCGGUUGGUUUUGGUCGAUCGCAUGGGGAGGAUUGAUCAUGAUUCAUUCGAUGCAAUAUCGAGAAGCUCUACAGCAACGACGUCAAGAGGCUGUAGCCACAGCAGCAAUUGAGGCAUUGACCAAGGAUUCAAUAUUACAUCGACGCGAUGUUAAAGCACUUGUGAAAACACAUAAAAUGCAAACGAAGGAACGCAGAAGGGAAUAA